AUGAUGACUACCUCCGAAGGGUCGCUUUCAAGUGCCCAUUCACAACAUGUAACAAUAGAACCGUUACAAAAGGAAGUUGAAACACUGAGAGAGUCUUUGAGCAGCGAUGUAUUGGACAUUCAACAAUUCGAUUACUAUCAGGUGCCCAAAGUUCCUCUAAUUUUUGACAAAUUUGUCACGUGGAAAAAACCAUCAGUGCCAUCUGUCAAGGAAGAAGGACCACAAACAGUCCCAACUAUUCUUGAAAGUGAUUAUCAAUGUACAAAAUAUAGAAUUGACUUGUCUAGGAAAACAACAGAAUUUACAUCUUGUCGUUUGGAGAAUAUUUGCAUUAAUCGAAAAGGAGAAUGGCUGAUAUUCACACACUCUAAAAAAGCUCAAGAGUUAUCUGGAAGAUCAUGGGUCUAUACGAACAGUUACUACUUUGGAAGUGAAAAUCAAAUGAUACGUGUUCGUGUUUUACCUCCACCUGCUGAAGUGAUUGUUAAUUCCACAACUUCAUUGAAAUUAUUUAACGCAAAUAAUGAAAAUGAAAAACACAAAUUAGAAGGAAAUAUUACUUUAUCGAGUACAUUCAAAUGGAUUUCAAAACCUACCUUUGCAACCUCAAGACAUGAAUCAGGCAAUAUUGGACAUGCUCUUUUAGAUAAUUUUAUUUUAUUAUUUAACUUGAUGUUCAACUUUGGUUACAUGAAUUCAGAUAGCCACAUCUUAUUCAUGGAUAAUUUAUUUGAACGUUUGGUUCACAAUGAUCCUGUUGUGUUGUCACAACAAUUACUGAAAGGAGAACGCGCUACAAAUAUGUCUCUGGCAUGGGCUGGAAUACUUUCCUCCAAUCCUCCUCUUCAAAAGUGUGCAAAUCCACAAAUUGGAACAUACAUUGGAAUGGCUCCAUGUUUGAUCAACAAUGAGGUAGAUCCUGUCAUGAUUCAGAAACAUGGGCAUGAAAUAGACACUUGUUUCUCAUCUUUAAUGGCAGGAUCAACAGGAUCUCUCUAUACCGUGCUUGAAGGAAGAGAAAUGCUCAUAUCCUUAUUUAAAAAGUAUUUAUUUGGAAAACUUGGAAUUAAGAAUCCCAACUCUCACAAAACUCUCACGAUUGCAGUACAAAACAAACCCACAAACACGGAACAUCGCGAUUCCAUUAUUAAUGUGGACAAAAUAGUGACAUAUUUGAAAAGUAGACAAGAUGAAUUAUUAGAAUUGGUCAACUCACAACGUACUCAAAAGUAUGAAAAUGUUGACAUUAUCAAUUUACGAUUAGAACAAAUGUCAUUCCUAGAUCAGCUUCAAUUAUUUAAUGUCAUGGAUGUGUAUAUCACUUCACAAGGAGCUGCAUCCUACAUGUCCAUAUUUCUUUCAAAACCAAAUGCCAUUAUGGUCUAUGUGCCCAUGUGUUUUGUGGCAACGAAAACAUGCUCUGAUUCUAAUUUGAGAAUUCAUGAAACUUUUUCAAAUGUGAGAGUGAUAUCAUUAUUGCAAUAUACAGAAUUGUUGGAAUGUGUGGUUGGAAAUACAGAUGAAGGUGAGGUUGGAUAUCCAGUUCUUCCUGACUUUUCCUAUACAGAAGAUUUUGGAGAUUGUAAUGAAAGAGUGAACCCUGAAGGAUUGUUUCACAUUGUGGGUGAGGCCCUUUCAAAAACACUUUAA